CGAGGCUGAGCUGCUGCCUUUGUUGCACGCAUCCACGCACGUGUAACAACAUGCGGAGGGCAACUCAAUGCUGUGCCCGCCGUGUCGCCGCCGGCACGCCGUCGCGCAGCACGCUCAGUGUGCUGCGGACAGCGAGACGCCCGCUCUCCGACGGCAGCGGCGGCGCCGUGCGCUUCGCGGAGAUCAAAGAAAUGCCCGAGGCCGUGCGCGCCGUCGAGCGCGAGACGGACGUGGUCGACGGCGCGCCGCUCUUCGUCGAGCGCGAGGCGACGCGGCGCGUCGUCGAGGCGCUCGAGCGGCGCGCGGCGAACCCGGACGAGGGCGACGGGCUCGACGCGGACGCGGACUUCACGUGCCCCAACUGCGGCUUCACGACGUUCGCCAGCCGGAGCUUCCGGCUGACGUGCGCCAAGUGCGGGCGGUGCCGGGACGAGCUCCCGCCGCGCGACGCGUACCUGCUGACGGGCGCGCGCGGCGCCGGCAAGUCCGUGGCGCUGGCGCAGAUCGUGACGCAGGCGCGCGCGCGCGGCUGGCUCUGCCUCUUCGUCGCGCGCGCGCGCGACGUCGGCCACCACGGCGACUACGUCGUGCCGUCGCCGCACCACGCGGGCCGCUUCGAGGAGCCAUCCCGGAGCCGGGAAGUGCUCGAGGCCUUUAGGGAGGCGCACGGCAACGACCUCGCGACCGUCAAGUGCACGGACGCGGCCGCGGAGCGCUGGGGCGGCGCGACGCUGCGCGAGGUCGUGGGCGCCGCCCUCGACGACAAGAAGCGCGGCGACGAGGCGUCGACGGCGCUGGCCGACGUCGUCGACGGUUUGAGGGCGCACGACGCGGCGCCGGUGUUGAUCGCGGUCGACGAGUACUCGGCGCUCUUCGAGCCCGCGACGGCCUACUACUACGACGGCGUCAGCCUCAAGCCCGACGACCUCGUGCACAUCCGCGCGCUGCGGGGGCUUGGAAAUGCCGGCGUGCCGCCCGAGCGGCGGCUCGCGCGCGGCGCGUACGUGCUCGCCGACUCGCAGUCGCGCGGCGGCGCCGGCCUCGGGCCGCGCGACCGGCGCCUCGGCAUCGCCCACGCGCCCUUCGAGAUCCCCGUCGGCGAGUUCUCGGACGCCGAGUUCGCCGCCGCGGUGGACCGCUACGCGGCCGCGGGCUUCGGCGCCGCGGACGACGUCGCGGCGCUCAAGCUCGCGACGCAGCGCGUGCCAGGGCUGCUCUUCGAGCGGCUGGCGCUGAUGUGAUCGCGAC